GCUGUGCCCACAAUACAAUUGACCUUUUGCUACCCGAUAAUGGACCCGAAUAACCUGCAGAAGCAGCGAGAGCCAGAGGAACCGCGAUUUCUUAGUUUUCCGCAUCUCCCAGAUGACGCGAAACAUGAGGAUGGCAAGCCCGCAUUGAACAAGUACUCGUCCACGCUCACGGCUGGCCACAACUUCCCCGGAGCUCAGGCCAUGCUCUAUGCCGCCGGUGUACCGUCACGAGAAGCCAUGAAGAAGCAGCCUCAUGUUGGGAUAGCGUCUGUCUGGUGGGAAGGCAACCCUUGCAACAUGCACUUGCUGGAUCUGGGAAAGGAGAUCAAGAAGCAUGUUCAGAAUGACAACAUGCUGGCAUGGCAGUACAACACCGUUGGUGUCUCGGAUGGCAUUACCAUGGGCGGUGAAGGGAUGCGCUUCUCUCUCCAAACCCGUGAAAUAAUAGCUGAUAGUAUCGAGACCGUAACAUGCGCUCAGCAUCACGAUGCCUGCAUAGCCAUUCCUGGUUGUGACAAGAACAUGCCCGGAGUCAUCAUGGCGUUCGCGAGACACAACCGCCCUUCGCUGAUGGUCUACGGUGGUUCCAUAAUGCCAGGCUACUCAGAGACACUCAAGAAGCCCAUCAACAUAUCCGCGUGCUACGAGAGCCAUGGCGCAUACAUAUACAAGACCCUGAAGAGCGCCACUGAAGGACAAUUCUCGCCCGAUGAAAUCAUGGAAGACAUUGAAAGGAAUGCAUGCCCUGGUGCUGGAGCUUGCGGUGGCAUGUACACAGCAAAUACCAUGUCUACCUCAAUUGAGGCGAUGGGGCUUUCCCUCCCCAACUCUUCGACCACCCCUGCAACCUCGCCUGCGAAAAUGCGCGAAUGCGCCAAAGCUGCGGCUGCCAUCCGCGUUUGCAUGGAGAAGAACAUCACGCCUCGCAAACUCCUCACAAAGGCCUCCUUUGAAAAUGCACUCGUCAUGAUGAUGGCGCUAGGCGGUUCGACAAAUGCCGUCCUACAUCUCCUCGCCAUGGCUGGCACAGCUGGCGUCCCUCUAACGCUUGACGAUUUCCAACGUGUCUCAAAUAAGAUCCCCUUCCUCGCCGACCUGGCUCCCAGUGGCCGCUACAUGGCCGCAGAUCUUUUUGAAAUCGGCGGCAUGCCCUCGGUUAUGAAGUUGCUCGUGGCUGCCAAAUUACUCGACGGCUCCAUUCCCACAGUGACCGGAAAGACACUGGCGGAAAACAUCGAGGGAUACCCAUCCCUGCCCCAGGAUCAAGUCCUUAUCCGUCCUCUGGAUAACCCAAUCAAACCCACUGGUCACAUUGAGAUUCUCCGUGGUAAUCUCGCUCCCGAAGGUGCAGUUGCCAAGAUUACAGGAAAAGAAGGUCUCAAGUUCACUGGCAAAGCCAUGGUUUUCGACAAAGAGCACGCACUCGACCGUGCACUCAACCUCGGUCAGAUCCCACACGGUGAGAACGUUGUCGUAGUAGUACGCUAUGAGGGACCCAAGGGAGGCCCUGGAAUGCCAGAACAGCUCAAAGCCUCAGCGGCCAUCAUGGGCGCCAAACUGACCAACGUGGCUCUAAUUACAGAUGGCAGGUACUCUGGUGCAUCGCAUGGGUUCAUUGUGGGCCACAUCUGUCCAGAGGCGGCUGUGGGUGGGCCCAUUGCAAUUGUACAGAAUGGUGACAUGAUCACGAUUGAUGCGGAGAAGAACAGGAUAGAUAUGCACCUGAGUGACGAGGAGAUUCGAAAGAGACUGGGAGAAUGGGUGGCGCCUAGCAUGCCAGUUACGAGGGGCGUGCUGGCCAAGUAUGCUCGGCUGGUGGGCGACGCUAGCCAUGGUGCCAUGACCGACUUGUUUUGA